UUUCUAUACAUUUGUGCCAAAUGAAGACUAAAUGCCGCCAAACGCAACCAAAAUCGGCAAACACCUGAAAGCAAAAUCCUAAACAAACAAAAACAGAAGAGAAGAGAACAGAAGAGAAGGAGAGGGGGUAAUCGAGAUCGAGUGAGAGCAAGCAAGUAGACAAACGGCAGAGAGAGGGGGAAAACGAAGAAGAUCGAAAGGAUGAUAAAAGGUAACUCGAGGCUUAAUUGACAUGGGAGAUUUUGCGGAUUUUAAGUAUUAUCUGUGAACUGCCAGCAAUAUCCAGUGUUUGUAAACCAGGUUUCUAAACCUACUGCAGUUUACUGAAGAAAUCAAAGAUGCGGGUCAAGAUUGAUUGUCUCUCUUCUAGGUAUCUUGCUAGAAAAGCGGUAGCAAACACCAUUGACGCGAUCAAAGUUUCAAAGAAGGGUUUUAGUAAUGAUGCGCUGGCAAGGGAGCACAAGCUGAAGUCUGGGUUAGCAAGUAAUGCGGACCAGCAUGACAUUGCUAUUGUUGGAGGAGGCAUGGUUGGGAUGGCUCUUGCUUGUGCUCUGUCUAGCAAUCCAUUGACAAAACAUUUGAAUGUUGCAAUAAUUGAUAGCAACCCUGCCCUGGGAAGGAUGGAUGGCAUCAAGAAAGGUGAACUUCCUGAUCCUAGGGUCAGCGCGAUCACUCCAGCUACAAUUUCAUUUUUCAAAGAUGUGGGUGCUUGGCAAUACGUUCAAGAAAAUCGACAUGCAAUUUUCGAUCAGAUGCAGGUUUGGGACUACACUGGAUCAGGGUACACUAGGUACAAUGCAAAGGAUCUGGGUAAAGAAAUGCUAGGGUGUGUGGUGGAGAAUAAGGUUCUUCACAGUUCUCUAUUGUCGUGUUUUAAGGAUAAAGAUUUCCAUAAGACCAUCUAUCCUUCCAGGCUGACUUCAAUGGAUUUAUUGUCACGACCACCUGCUAAAGGACCAGAUGGCAAUUCAGGUGAUUCUACGUUGCACAGUCGCGGUAGCUCGGCAAAGCUGGAUCUAAGCGAUGGAAACAGCAUAUAUGCAAAGUUGGUGGUCGGUGCUGAUGGUGGACAGUCACGUGUUAGGGAGUUAGCAGGAAUCCAAACAACUGGAUGGAAAUAUCCUCAGAGUGCAGUUAUCUGCACUGUUGAACAUUCUACUGAAAACCAGUGUGCCUGGCAGAGGUUCUUGCCUUCGGGUCCAAUUGCACUUUUACCAGUUGGUGACAAUUUCAGCAAUAUUGUAUGGAGUAUGAGCCCAACUGAAGCCUUGGAUCGUAAGACGAUGAGCGAGGACAUUUUUGUGAGGGAAGUAAACCAUGCUCUAGACUAUGGAUAUGGUCCUCAUCCUCGGCCAGGUUUACUUGGUAAAGAUGGAAAAUUUUCUUGGGAGGUGCCACCUAAAGUAGUGAAAGUAGUCUCUGAAAGGAUGAUGUUUCCGUUAUCACUGAUGCAUGCCAAAAAAUAUGCUUCAAACCAUGUAGUUCUCAUUGGUGAUGCAGCACACACUGUUCAUCCUUUGGCUGGCCAAGGCGUUAAUUUAGGUUACGCAGACGCAGUUGCACUUUCGAAGAUCAUUGCUGAUGGCAUCUCUGUGGGUACUGACAUUGGAGAGCUCUCUCUAUUGAAGAAGUUUGAAUCAGAGAGAAAACCUGCAAAUAUAAUGAUGAUGGCAAUACUAGAUGGCUUGCAAAAGGCAUACUCAAUUGAUCUUGGGCCUUUCAAUGUUUUACGAGCUGCUGCUUUCAGUGCAGUACAACACAUCUCGCCGCUAAAAAAGAAUAUCGUCUCAUAUGCCACAGGUGAGCAGAAGUGGCCACUAUUUUUGUGACCGCGCACAUAUUCUUGACUGGUCCUAGUAUUUCAAAUGGGCGUACAUGAUACGUUAGAAAUGUUGAAUUGUAAAUAAAGCAGAAAUAGUUGGAGAUUUUACCUUUACCCAGUCAUUGUGGUAGGAGAAAUUGUGCUAUGAGUGAAUGAUUUAAAAUGUAUUACUUUAAAAUAGUUGAUUCGCAAGACCCAUAAAACACUCCUUCAGUCCUUCCUCUA